CUUAGUGUACCACAUCAAGAUUGACGGCGUGGAGGGACAUGCUUCUCGAGCUGCUGCCAGAUGACUGAGUGUGGCACGGUCUCGCAGCACCUGUCUGCUUUCGCCCCAGGGCCUGAGUCUGGCCAGCCUACAGUGGGGAUGUUAUGUUUCUGUUCACCUUCGUUUACUAUGCCUGUGUCUUCUCCUCCACCACGCUGGGGUCUGGGAGGGAACGGACACACAGAGGAUGAGCUCUCCCCAGGGCCUGCUGGACCUGCCCGUAGCCCACUCUGCUCCCCUCAGCACUACCACUCCUGCCAGGGAGGACUCCAUUUGGCAGAGCUUCUUCCAGGUGCCCACCUUUACCUGUGCCUCAGCUUUUCUCAGCUGGCUGAUGCUUUUCAGCCUCUUUCUGCCCCUGCUGUCCCUCACAGCACUACCGUUUCAUGUUGCACACCCACUCCGCUCCGUGAACUUGUGAGAACACAGCCGAUUCACCUGAGCAGGGCCUCUGAGACCCCGGACCAGUGGUCUCACAUGGUGCUGUGCCUGCAAACCCUGCCUGAACACAGGUUCAGGUGCAGCUCAAGAAAAGGCCUGAAAGAAGCCCUUGUCUGCGCUCAGGACUCAGAAGCCUUUGCGUCCGUGGUCCACAGCCCGGGACGCAGCAGGAGGCCAGGCCGGCGGGCCCUGUGGACGAACCCUCAGAACCCUUGGCUUGCCCAUGUGGAAAAGGGAUAGAGGUUGGGUUUCCCCCCUUUUAUAGAUGGUCACACACCUGGGUGUUAUAUGAGGUUGUAUGUGUCAUGAAUACUUUUUGUAAUGAUUGAUUAAAUGCAAGAUAGUUUAUCUAA